AUGCGUUAUGCAUCUGUUCAAUAUUCAAUUCUUUAUAAUGAAUUUGUGGAUUCACAAGGAACAUUUUAUCCAUCUUAUGGUAAUCCAUUAGAUCAAGAUUGGAAAUCAACAACAGCUACUAGUGGAUGGACACAAGGUUUUUUUCCAGGUGUUCUUUGGAAUAUUGUAGAACAUAAUGCUACUCGUCAACUUUUACAACAUGCUGUAGAUGUUACAACGCCAACAGCUCCUUUUGCUAACGUAACAGGUACACAUGAUGUUGGUUUUGUAAUUAUGUCUGGUUUUGGUAAUGCAUAUCGUUUGUUAAAACGUCAAGAAUAUUUAGAUGUUAUUAUAACUGCUGCUCGAUCAUUGGCAACUCGUUAUUCACCUAUUGUUCGAUGUACACGAUCAUGGAAUAGUGCACAAGGAUUUUUAGUUAUUAUUGAUAAUAUCAUGAAUUUAGAAUUAUUAUUUGAAGCUAGUAAUCAAACAAAAGAUCAAUCAUUAUAUAAUAUAGCUUGGCAACAUGCUAACAGAACUAUGUAUGAACAUUUUCGAGAUGAUAAUAGUACUUAUCAUGUUGUUGAAUAUAAUGAAACUGAUGGAAGUGUUAUUCGUAAAUAUACUGCCCAAGGUUAUGCUGAUUGGUCAACAUGGUCUCGAGGACAAUCAUGGGCUGUUCAUGGAUUUACCAUUGCUUAUCGUUAUACAAAAUAUCAACCAUUUCUUGAUAAAGCUAUUAGUGCAGCAAACUAUGUUCUAACACAUCUCCCAAACAGUACUGAUGUAAUUCCAUACUGGGACUAUGAUGCUAUUCAUAAUUCAACAUUAACUUAUCAACCAAGAGAUACAUCAGCAGCAGCUAUUUUUGCUAGUGCACUUGUGGAAUUAUCUGAAUAUGCACCAACAUCUGAUAUGAAAAAUAAGUUUUUGGAAAAUGCAAAAGCAAUUGUUAAUGAAUUAUCAAGUGCAACAUAUAUGAUUUAUGGUAAUAAAGAAUAUAAACUAUAUGCUUUACUUGCUAAUGGAACACAAGGUCCAUAUCCAAAGAAUCCAUAUGAUGUAUCAUUAGCAUACGGUGAUUAUUAUUUAACACAAGCCGUUGUACGUUUGGCUAAACUGUGA